UCGAACAAGGCCGGCGUGCGCGGUACUCACUCGGCGCCCGUAACGCCGGGCUGCACGUCGCUGCGCUCCGCGAGACCGCUCCUCGUCCCUCGCCGACCGACGAUGAGUUCGACCGGUCCCGCGCGGUCCGCAACCGGCGUUGUCGUCUGCUCCGCGAUCUGCAGACGCGCCUGACCGCCGCACCCGCCAGUGAUGGGCUCUCGGAUAACGGCGCCACGCGCGAAGAUCGCGGUUGCGGCGACGACGACGGCCAGUGGCGGGACCGCGAUCCUUUGAAAAGUUCCCCAAACAAAAAAGAAAAGUGUGUUCGGUGUCUGUUUCGAGCUGCGGGGCGAGAUGGCGGCCAACACCGCGGCCGUCAGCCUGGAGUCGCUGUUCCUCCAGCUGCUGGGCCGUCUGGACUCGGCGGGCCGCUGCCCGUCUUCCUCGACGUCGACGUGCCGGCGCCGCUCGCUUCGCGCCGAGAUCCGCAGCCUGGAGCUGUGGCGCGCCGUGAUCGGCGAGUGCCUGGCCACCUUCUUCUACGUGUUCCUCGUGUGCGGCGCGCACGUGUCCUGGCCGGGCUACGCCGAGCCCUCGGUGCUGGGCAUCGCCCUGACGGCCGGCGCGGCGGCCGCGACGCUGGUGCAGUGCUACGGCCACAUAUCGGGCGCGCACAUGAACCCCGCCGUGACGCUGGCCACGUUCGCCACGCGAAAAGUGAGCCCGCUCCGGACGCUCCUGUACGUGACGGCCCAGUGCGGAGGAGCUAUCGCGGGAGCUGCGCUUCUGUACGGCGUGUCGGUGCCAGGCCACCAGAGCUCUCUGGGCAGCACUCGCCCCCACGAGGCCCUAGGCGCCUGGCAGGCGUUCGGCGUCGAGUUCGUGCUCAGCUUCCUGCUGGCCUCCACAGUUUUCGCCACCCGCGACCCGCACCGAAGCCACCUGGGCGCCGGCUCGGACGCCAUUGUCAUCGGGUUCGCCUACUUGGCCUGCACUCUCGCGGGGCUGCCCGCGACGGGAGCAUCAAUGAACCCAGCGAGGUCCCUGGGACCGGCUUUUGUGAUGAACAAGUGGGUAGACCAUUGGGUGUACUGGUUCGGGCCCAUAUCCGGAGGCCUGCUGGCCGGUCUCAUCUACGAGUACAUCUUCGACACCACGAAGCAGGCGCGGGCGCUGCGGAAAACACUCGAGGAAGCUGACAAAGAGUCCAACACGGACGACGACUACGAGGACCCUGACGCGAAGAUCGCGAAGUACGCGACCGUGGCCCAGAGUCCUCCCAACGGGGCGCCCUCCAGCGCCCACCAGGCUGCGCCGUUGCAGCAGCUGGUGCAGCACCAGCAGCAGGGCCGGCCGCACCAGCACCAGCAGUACGAGGCGGUGGGCUUCGGCCGGCCCGCCGGCGGGAACACCUACUCGCCCACUCCGUCCUCGGCCUUCCCGGCGUCCGCCGAGGCGGUUUACGCGGGCUCGCUGCGCCCGACGAACUACGCGUCGUCCGUGUACGGCACCGGCAGAAUUGGAAAUGCCCUUCGAACACUUCCAGCCCGACUGGAGUAUGGACAAGGACCUGGAUCUCCAAAAUUUUAAGCUGUACAUAUGAAGCUGUAUAUGUGUACGAGUGGGUUGCAAUGCUUUUGUCAUUUUGCUCAGGUCACAAACAGAGCUCGGAACAGAAAAACAUUCAUUCAUCACCACACAGCUCAUUUUGUUUUGCUUUUGUUUCCGUUACCUUUACCCAACUGUAGUGUCAACAGUUGAUGCGUACCUUAUUUUGCAUGUUCUGUGAUAGUGCAAUAACACAAUGUUGUGAUAGGCUACUAAUAUGUACACAGAGUGUGCAUGAACUUACACUUCUAGGUUACGUGGCUAAUCAAAAUAAGUUUUAUUUAGGUGUGAAAGGAAAUGACAAAAUCGUAUGUAACAUAGUGUUUCUUGUUUGUUGAUGCACAACAAAAAUUUUGCCUUUUGUCUUAAUUUUUUUUUUGGAAUGAAGCUGUCUUCAAAGUGCUUUGGGGCAGUUAUCAUGAUGUAUGCCUUCUACAGUAAAUAGACAUUAUUUCAAAUCAAAGACAACCAACACAAAGAAAGUGGGCCUAUAUCUGGGAUUAGGUCACAUUUUACCACAUGCAGCUCACCACUCUCAUUUUUUGUCUUCAUGCGAACACAAUUUACUUAAUACCGCGAAAACUUGUUUAGAUGAAAGACUUGUUUAACAUGCUACGAUGAUUGGAUCUCAAAAGAUGUUAGUGGAAGACAGCCAAGAUUAUAUUAAUGAAAGUGCCUGUUACAAAAGCAACACUUGUUGAGCCAUCAGUUACCAAAUGGUGGAUACAUUUACGCACCUGAAGGUGGCUAAAUCUGCAAUCCAAGAUUGCAGAUUUACACUGUUGCUAAAGAAAUGGUGCAUUGUCGCUAGGAAACAUCUUCAAGUUUCUCAUAAGUUUUUCCAUGUUUCUACAUCACCGGUGUCGUGUUACUCCGCGACUUCUCAAAAACCACUGACAUUACCACCAUCAGCAGCAACAGCUAUGGUGCUGUAAGGGUGUCUUCAAUUAGUGCUUUUAUUUUAUUUUUGUUCCUCUCAACUUGUGUUACCAUGCUUGUCUUGUAAUGCUGCUGUAAAUUCAUACAUGCUGCAUGACAGAAAAGGAAGAUGUCUCACACAUUUUACAGCAUGUCUAGGGAUUACGAUAACGAUUCAUGGUUUAAGAGCCUGCAAAACAAGGACAAAAUAAUAAUAUAAAGAAUUUUGCAUCACUGAGGAGUUGACACAUCUUUUUACAGCUCAGAUUAAUGUUUUCGUUCAUGUGGACAUAUGGCAGUUAAGCAAACAAGCUGCUCCUUCCAUCAUAAGUGCUGCUUCGUCACAUGCAUAUAUUUGCCAAGUCGUAGUACUUGUCAACAUUUUGUCGUAUCUUACGUGUGUAUAACAGCAACAAUAAAGCUGAUCGAAUUUGCAUUUCAUACUCUAGUUACAUACCAUAGUUACAUCCAGAUAUGGCAUUCCAUGACAUAGGCACAAGUAACUCCAAAUCAAGAUAAGCACAAAUGAAAAGCACUUGAUGUUUAGCGAGUGCUUCUGUUUCAAAAUGUACAUAAACGCUUCCAAAAUAAAUGCUGCAAAUGCUUCAACAAUGCUUGGACAAGCAUGGUAGCAAGAAUGCAACAGUGUUAAAUGUGUGGUGGCUUUGAACUUUUGAAGUUACAUGCUUUUACACGUGCACACUUUGAAGAGUCGGUGCAUGUGUAAAAGAAAGCAGCAACAUAUUGAUAAGCAUAUCAUUCAUGGAUACUUCAGUAUUCCAAAGAUAUAACUGUUGCUCAAUGACCUCCUCGGGUCUCGAAAGGCUACACAUUUUGUUCACAACCAUAGCACUUUUUUUUUCUUCCAGAUAACAUGCAAGCUUUCAGACAAAGAACAGGGCACAGAAAUGCAUGCAUAUGUACGAUACUUUUUUUCUUUUGUAAAAAAAAAUGUGUUACAUACAGUAGAAGUUCCCACAUUUCCAGUUCUCAAUUCAAAAGUUGGUAAACUCCACUCCACAUCAAAGCAUACUUGCUAUGAAAGUGACAGGUCUGUGUUAACAUGUAACAUGUGCAUUGCUGUCUUCGCACAACUGCGAUUACUUUUUCUCUCAAGCAAUAAGCAAUCUCACACACUGUGCAUGUUUCACGAGUGUGCUGUGAAAAAUAAAGUUCACGGAGUAUCUGA